UCCUUCCGGAUGUUUGUGACGCAAGUAGUCAUGCAGCAUAAGGGGAUUGUGGGACAGGUGGGGAUGUUUUCAUCAUGGCGGCUUCCAUUUCGGGUUACACUUUCAGUUCUGUGUGUUACCACAGCGCAAACAGCAACUCCGACCACGAAGGCUUUCUGUUGGGAGAAGUAAGACAAGAGGAGACUUUUAGCAUCAACGAUUCACAGAUCAGCAACACAGAAUUUGUUCAAGUAGUAGAAAUCCAGAACCAUGAGCCUUGUACACAUCUAUUUAGCUUUUAUGACUACGCAGGUAAAAUUAACGAAGAGAGUCUCAACAGAAUCCUCAAAGAAAGAAGGAAAAACGUCAUCGGCUGGUACCGUUUCCGGCGGAACACCCAGCAGCAGAUGUCCUUCCGGGAGCUGACCAUCCACAGGCAGCUGACUCAGAUCCUGGGCGUGCCCGACCUCGUCUUCCUCCUCUUCAGCUUCAUCUCCACCGCCAACAGCUCCACGCACGCGCUGGAGUACGUGCUCUUCAGGCCCGGCGCCAGCAGGUAUAACCAGAGAAUUCCUCUCAGCAUCCCCAACCUGGGAAACACCAGCCAGCAGGAGUACAAGAUCACCUCCGUGCCAAACACGUCCCUGAACUACGCCAAGGUCAUCAAGGAACACGGGGCAGAGUUUUUUGACAAGGAUGGAGUGAUGAAGGACAUCAGAACAAUCUUCCAGGUGUACAGUGCGCUACAAGACAAAGUUCAGGCCGUGUGCGGGGAGGUGGAACAGAGCGAACGUGUGAAAGAGAAAGUUCAGGAAGAAGUGAACAAACUCAAACAAGAAAUAGCUCUCAGGAAACGAAAGACUGCGGAGGAAGAGAGAAGACUCCAGGAGGCCGCAGCAGCAGCGGAGAGGCCGGAGCGGGCGGAAGACUCCAGCCCCUCGCUCCCGUCCCGCAUGGCGUUCCCUCAGGAGAGACCCGACACCUCAGACGCCCCGCCCACGUACGAGGACGUGGAGCUCCGCCCGGAGACGCGCCCCGCCUUCCUGCCCCGGCCCCAGGCGGUGGGCUCCCCGGGCCACGCCUCCCCUUCGGUCAGCGGGGAAUACCUGGGCAACGGGGACGGGUCCAGCAGCGACUCCCUGGACAGACAGGCCGCCGGCAGGGAGGACGGGGAGGAGGAAGAGGAGGAAGAGGACAGCAGUGAGUAUGAGAACCGGGCGGAGCGGCCCCCCCUGGAGGUCCCGUCGGGGCCCCUGAGUCGCCCCCCAGCCCUGAGGCCCGACGGCCACGCCCGCAGCUCACAGACCUCUUAGAGCCGUGCGAGGGCACUUAGCAGCAGGCCCGACUGGCGAAGGGGAACGCCGCACAAAUCAACGCGAGGGCCACACUUUCGGACGGGGAGUUUGGGUCCUCCACAACUCAAAGGCAUGCGCAGACUGUUCUGCUGUUGGGUUUUAUUUUUUUGGGUUUUAUUUUUUUGUUUUUAUCCGGUCUGUCUUGGACUUGGCUUCACUGGAAAGGCCCGGCGCUGAAAGCUGACCCUGGCUGCCUGGCAACCUGGCCAUCAGGCGUUGGUUGCCUUGGUGAAUGAAGAGGUUUUUUCUGUCCUCAGUGAAGAAACACGAAGUGGAGCAGAAUGGACUUGCUAUCAGUGCCACGUUAUCAUAGAUUCGAUCACACAAGAAGCACUUGGGAAAGCCAGGCCCCGCCUCUUUAAGGAUUAGUUUGUGUGACAUCCGCUAUUGGUUUAGAGCAUCAAAUUGAACCAUUUACCUCUUGCACUAAUUUUUCCUUGUUUUGACGUUUAUUUAAAAGAGAAAAGGGAAAAAUUGUCUGCGGCCUUCAACGCUUUCUUUCAAUGAGCCAAAUUAAUGCUUAUUAAGUAAUAUUAGGUUAUUUUUUUCAAGCUUAAUCACUACAAAGAAAAGAGAUAUAUAUUAAGAUUGCUUUAGCUUGCACGUUUCUCUUUGACACUUGACUAAGGACUGUCAUUCGCAGUUUUUCCUUUAACAAUUGAUUAGUCUUAUAAUCUUGAGUUUGCCUAUCUAACAGAGAAAGUAAAAAUCCACUUCCGCUACAAAAAGAGGUGUUAUAUUUUUGUGGCGGGAAAAUAUCAUGCCAAUUAAUGUCAUAACGUGUCAUUUAUUCAUUCUUGCAUAACACUGACGUUUGUCUGUUCUUUGCUGAGCGUAAAUCUCGCUGAGUUCUUUUUGUGCUUUACUGGUACUUUUUAAUUGUGCCACAGAAGUAGAAUGCUUUUAACGUUUUGAGCGGCCAACUCAAACGAUGUGCAUUGUUUGAAAUUUGAGGAACAAGCUCUAUGUAGCUGACUAACAAGAAUCAAUAGAUGACUGUCCGUUGUCGUUGAAAAUUAGUGCUAAACAAGGGACUACAUAUCUUUUAGUGCUCCUGCUAUUAGUCCUACUUACUACUGUUAAAUGCUACUACUACUGAUAUGGAUAUUAGCUCUUCUGUAGGUUAAAGAGUUUCUACUCUAAAUUCUGUGCGGGGGGGAAAUUAUCCUUCCGGAUCAGCAAACCGCUUUCUCUUAAUGAUGAAUAGACCUCAUAGGCUUAAGAGCGUCGAGUCAGUUCUCCACGCGAAACCGACAGGAUUGAUCUUUCACAGCUACUGUGCCUUCCCGUUGGGCGGCUCUGUCCAGAAAGACUGAUGCAUAAGAGGUGUGGGACACUUGACGACAGCGCCGAAUGGUAAACGCCAAAGGCUGGCGGCCGCCGGAGACCGGAGCAAAGGCUCCUGGGAGCGAGGGAACCUCCAGAGUUUGUCGGUUAACUGACUGUAGGCCGCGGGCCGUGCGCUGAAAAACCGCGAAACCGCCGUGCCGAGCUACCUGUCGUCCUGAAACCAAGGAGUUCAGGUGAAGACGAGCCAAAGCUUUUCUUCAUCUUUAAUGCAUGAGGUUUCUCACAUUAACUGGGGAGAGGGGGGCGGCAUCACUCAAAACCACUUGAGGACAGGUACUACGUUGAUGACGGUGAUAAAAAUCUCAUUAGACUGAGUGCUUUUUUUUUUUUUUUUUACCUCAGAGAGUCUCACAACAGAACAAAAAGUAGAAUGUAAAAUUGUCCAUCCACUUGUUGGUUAACUGGAGAGCUGCAUUAGCCGGUACUUAUUUAUUUUACAUAGGUUUCUGUUGAGAGUCGCGGCGGCUCACGGUAGCGCUCGAGUGCAAUAUCCCUCUGUACAGCACUGUCCCUCUGUUUGUCCUCUGUGUGAUUGGGCCCCAGGGGGCCAGCUGUGUCCCCAAGCACAAAGCCGCAUCACUAUUUAUCACACGGUUUACUCCUCAUAUCUGUAACACAUCUGACAGGAGUUUGGUGCUGGCUGCGAAAAAAAAAAAAAAAAAAUCUGAAUUAAAACAACUGGAACGUGUAUUUCCAGAUUUCUUUCCACUUCAGUCUUAACCCGUAUUGUAUCGGGGUAAUAAAGUAAAUAUGGUUGUUUGGUUUCGGACUUGACUGUAGUCAUUUACCCUUUGAUCUGGAUUACAGUGUGAUUCGAUGAAUGCUGUGCUAGUAGCAGACCAUUCGGGACUUUUGGGAUUGUUAGAUUUGUAUUGUAAUUGGCUCCAGGUCAUGUGAUGUGUGGCUUUUUAGAUGAAGAUGUAUCUAGAGCCCGCAACUGUACCAAAAUAAAUUUCAUGCAGGGUCACUGAAACGGUAUACCUUUACUCCACUGUUUUAAAGAUUAAUUAAAUAUCGCUAUAAUUUGAAUUGUUUGGUUUUGGGUGCUCUCAGAGCUACAAACUGUAUAUUAAAUGAAAUGAAUAGAUCUA